ACCAUCAGUUCAACUCAGCUGUUUCUGUUUACUAAACAAAGCGUCAGUUGAACGGUGGACGGCAAACUAAACGCUUUAUUUUGUUCGUAACUCCGUUUUAUUUAUAAUUAUAUUACAACAUUAAACUGUUAUUCAUUUUUUAAAAAGCUAAACUACUUUUUUUUAAACUCUAACCUAUUAAGUGUUCGUUUUUUUAUCAAGAAGUAAUAAAAACAGCGAAUGUCAACUUGUGACGUUUAAUAGACAAAUAAAUACAUCUAUUGCGCGGUUUUAUUUUCAAUUAGCAAAUACAAAGAAAUUAAUAAUAAAAUAUAUAAUUAUUUUUAACAACAAGUAUCAAGUAUACGAAUGUGUCCUGUGGAUUUUGAAUAACCCCGAGGAAUUUUUAAAAACGUAACAAACAGUGAAGUGGACUUUUAAAAUUCUUGAUCCGUCAAGAAUGCUCUAAAGAUGCCAUCGCUCCUAGAGGCUCUGGAGUUGAAGUAUGGGAGCACGGCUGGAGAUUGCUCUGAAUGUAGCUUAACAGAUGAAGAAACCGAAUUAUCAGGAUCACCAAAAAAUGCAGCACUUUCUGUCAGUAUAUUUAUUCCAAAAAAAUCACCACGUCACACAGUUCCAGCCUUACUAGUGUUACAAGAUUGUGACAUUGAGUGUGCUGGUAAUGAUGCCGAAAAAUUACGUAACAAAUGUAAAAAUGUCGAAGAGUUGGAUUUGGCACAAAACAAAUUAUCACAGUGGGAUGAAGUUUUUGGUAUUCUAGAGCACAUGCCAAAAAUAAAAUUUGUUAAUUUAAGUUUUAAUAGCUUAGCCGAGGCAUUGGAAGUUAAGCAUGCCAGAUAUGAAUCAUUGCGUAAUCUUGUGCUCAAUGGCACGCGAAUUUCAUGGGCAACUGUUCAGGAUCUAGUUAGACUGCUGCUUAAUUUGGAAGAAUUACAUUUGUCGCUUAAUGAAUUUAAGACUGUUGACUUGGAUCACCGUAAGCCUGAGAAUAUUAAUAAAUCUCUGAAGAAAUUACACUUUACAGGUAAUCCAGUUGAAAGUUGGUCGGAAAUCUGUAAACUCGGUUACUCAUUUUCGAACCUUGAGAGCCUUGUUCUUGCCGAGUGUCCCAUUAGAUCUCUUGCGCUUGCCGAAGAAAAUCGCAAUUACGAUGAGAGAAGUUCUCCGUGUCAAGCGAUUCCGACUUUUGUCGAGCAGUCUAAGGAAGAAGAUGAAAACGAAAACGUCCCUUCAGAAUUCAUGAUGGUCCAAGAAACAGAGCCUCAAGAAAAUGGCGAGGUGAGGGUGAAAACCAUGCCUGAAAAAAUAUUUGGAAAAGAAAACUGCACUGCCUACAACAGAAGCGAGAGUGAGUGCGAAAGUGGUAACAAAAUUCCAUCCUCGCAUGAUCCAUUUAGAAUGUUAAGAUUUCUUAACGUCAACGGCACAUUAUUGUCAACUUGGGAUGACGUUGAGAGACUUGCGCGGUUUCCUGCCCUCAAAUCUCUGAGGAUGCAAGGCUGUCCACUCUUUGAGAGUCCUCGAGAGUACACCGAGCACGAGAGACGGCAGCUUCUGAUAGCAAAACUUCCAAACGUAGAAACGCUCAAUGGCGGCGGGGUUAUAUCUUCGCAGGAACGCGAGGACGCUGAGCGAGCAUUUAUUCGGUACUACAUGGACAAACCGGAAGCGGAUAGGCCUGAAAGGUACGCUGAGCUUGUUGGUAUUCAUGGAAAAUUAGAUCCGUUGGUCAGUGUUGACCUCACGCCAGAAAAACGUGUCAAAGUAAAGUUUACCUAUGGCGAUCUCGUUGAGGUGCGGUGUGUAGAUGUCUAUAGAACUGUUUUUGAGCUAAAAACAAAACUAGAGUCGAUGGUUAAAAUUCCUGCCAAUAGAAUGAGACUUUUUUACGUUGACCAGGUUAUGAAAACUCAGUACGGUCCAGAGGAAAUGCUGUACCCCAAUAAACAGCUGUACCGAUACAACAUUAGAAAUGGAGAUGAAAUAAUCAUAGACAGCAAGCUGAACCGCUUUGUGUCUUCAUCUUCAAGCACAUCCUCCAUACGGUCUUAAGAUGAAUAAAAAAAAUAAACCAACAGCUGGAUAAACUCAACUAAAAUGUUCUGUCGUAAUGAACAUUAUUUUUAUCAACUGCUGCGAUUGCGAUCGUACUUGCUGUGAAAAGCAUAGCCGUUAUUCUCUCUAGUGGAUGUUUCGGAGCUCGACAAUGAUAUAACCAGAUGAUGAUAAUGACGAUUAUGACGGUGGUGAUAGCGAUAAUAAAAAAUGUCAAAGCCAAUAGUUUAGGACUGUAGAAAUUUUUAAGUGUUACGUUGGCUACCGUAUUUGUUACUCUGAUAUCGUUGCUCGUUUAUUAAUGAAAAUCGCAUCAGCCCUAUAUAAAUAUAAAUACUAUAUAUAUAACAUAAUAAUAAUAUAAUAACUGAUACAAAUUAAAGUUUCACUCGUGUACGAAACAAAAGAUUUUGUUGAACCUGUUCUCGAGUUUAGAAUCAUUAUUACAUUAAUAUUUAAUAUAAUAGUAUAAUAACAUGAUAGUAUUCUAAUUCUCGACUGUCAAUAUAUUAUCAUAUUGAUUAAUCAAAGUAUAUAAAACUAUUUUUGUAUAAUAACGAUAAAAGCCAUCCCACUAGACGUUAUCACUCUAAUUAUAAUCGAGAAUUGGCUAUCAUUUCAUAAACUCGAGAGAGCUGAAGAAAAAAAAAUAAUAAUUUGUCUAUCAAUGUGUUAACGUUUCUUUUUAACUGUGGAAUUGCAACCAGUUUAUACCAAUACAUAUUUGUAAUUAUAAUCUGUUGCGUGUCCACGUGAUUCCACUGGCUGUGACAAGUUUAUUUAGUCAAAUUGAUUAUAAUAAUCGCCGCCGCCAACAACGAAUGUAAUAACGUUUCAUUAUUGUUAUUAUUUUAUAUUUUUAUUUUAUUUAGAAUCGAUCAGUGUCGUAGGUCGUCUGGAUAUUACACAUAUAAAAAGAAGUAUGUUAAACCGUUGUGUUCAUUUAAUUAAAUCGCUUUCACGUGUUCCACCACCAGGUACUGCCAACAAAUUAAUAACCACAGAAAAUUAAUAUUAAAAUAAAAAUGAAUAAAACAUAUUAAUAAAACAAAAAAGCUAUCACGAUUCAAACAAAGAAAGCGGUUUUAUGUUUUAAUAAAAUCUAUGAAGACAAUAGACUUUUAUUGUAAAUACCAACGUAUACAAUCACUACUUUUUGUGCCUGUCUCAUUAUUAUUCAGACGCACCGCAACACUGCCCUGUAAAUAUAGUCGUCAGCCAAUUUUAUUUCUUUUUUCAACUGAGCACAAUGCAACAAAAGUAAACAGAGAUGUUUUUUUUUUUUUUUUUUUUUUUUUAACUCGGAAGCAAUCAUACUCAAAAUUUAAAAUUUAAUUGUUUAUUAAUCUUUUAUGGAGUACUUGAUGGAUUAUCUAUGUAGAUAAUAUGAUUAUUAAAUAGAAAGUAAAAGAAGACAAAUAUGGUGGUUUGAAGAAAUAAAAGACGGGAAGCCUUGCUUCCACGUCUAGUGUUACAAAAUUAUUGGAUGAAUUAAACCGUUUUUUUUUUGUGCUGGCGCAAAUAUGUACGUACUAACAAAUUAAUAAUUUGUAAGAAUAAAUAUAUAACCUUAUACAAUAAUAA